AUGCCGAUGCUGCUGCUGCUGCUUGGUGCUCUUGCUGCUGCUGUUGCGAACUCAUCCCGGGUUGGAGGCAAUCUGCGAGUUUCGUUAUCGUCAUCGUCUAAUCCAGACCACAGCCACAGCACGGCACAAACAACCGAUGGUUUUCCACUUCCGUCGUCCUCUUCCUCAUUUCUCUCCCUCUCACCCACACUCUCGCCUCUGAGCUGGGCCAUGUCUCUCAUGGCCGCCGCCUCCUCCCGCGCUUUCACGCGCCCCUCUCUCCAUCUUCUUCAUCCUCCCUCUGCUGCUUCCGCUUUCCCCUCUUCUCUCCCCAUUCCCCGCUCUUCCCCCGCAGCAAAAUCGUCCCUUUCCAGGACCAGAAUCAGAAUCUGCUGCGCGAGCAGCAAAGAGCGAAGCCCACAAACCAAAACAACCCCACCCGGGGACCCCAGGUCGGGUGUCGCCCUGUACAAGCCCAAGUCGUAUGAAGUUCUGGUCGCCGACGCCGCGAAUUCCCUGGCUUACGCCCUCGCAGACGGCAAGACCCGCCUGGAGAUCGAGUUCCCACCAUUGCCCAGCAACAUUUCUUCGUAUAAGGGCUCCUCAGAUGAGUUCAUAGAUGCAAACAUUCAACUCUCCUUGGCCGUCGUCAGGAAGCUUCAAGAGAAGCGGGAAACACGAGCUUGCAUUGUUUUCCCUGAUAAGCCGGAGAAGCGCAGGGCCUCAGAGCUUUUCAAGGCAGCCCUUGAUUCGAUCGAUGGAAUAAGUAUAGGUUCCUUGGAUGAUGUCCCAAGUGGCCCUCUGUCUUCAUUCUUCAAAUCGGUUAGGAACACCCUGGAUUUUGACUUUGAGGAAGAUAACGAAAGUCGUUGGGUCUCUGCAGAACCACCAACUCUAUAUAUAUUUAUCAAUUGCAGUACUUCUGAACUAUCAGUCAUAGAAACCUACGUGGAAAAGUUUGCCAAAUCAACCCCAGCGCUUCUGUUCAAUCUCGAACUCGAUACAUUGCGUGCUGACUUGGGACUUCUGGGAUUCCCGAGCAAAGAAUUGCAUUAUCGAUUCCUUUCUCAGUUUACGUCGGCGUUCUAUAUACGAAUCAGGGAAUACUCAAAGACAGUUGCAGUAGCACCAUAUGUUGUUAACUACAGUGGAGCAUUAUUCCGCCAAUAUCCUGGGCCAUGGCAAGUGAUGCUUAAGCAAGCAGAUGGGUCAUACGCUUGCAUUGCAGAGAGCGCAACACGUUUCACCCUGGGCGAAACUAAAGAAGAAUUGCUGAGGGUGCUGGGGCUGCAAGAAGAAGAAGGAAGCUCACUAGAAUUUCUUCGGCGAGGCUACAAGACCGCUACUUGGUGGGAAGAAGAUGUUGAGUUGGAAGUAUCUGCGGCAUGGCGAAGUUGAAUUUGGCACCAGGACAAGUUCUGUUCAAAACCUGAUAUUGAUUUGUGCCGACUGAAACAAUUUUUUGGAACCUCCUCUCAAGUUAUGUGUCUUUUAACCUGUCCAUCCUUUUUUUUGUCGAAGCAGUGGCUCCACUUCUGGACUUGAUGUGGUCAAAGCUCAAGAAAUAUCAUGUAUUUUGACAAGUAAAUUGUAUUGAGUUUUUUGUAUAUUCGACCUGUCAGUGAAUCGAUUGAGUUGUAUAACCCGAAUCUCCGAGAAGCAGUAAGAUGCCUCUUGUAUGCUUAA